UGCCAGUGCCCGGCGCCGGGCGCGCCUCGUCCGGUGCCGCCACCCCGCAGCCUGCCCGUCGCCCCCUGUGCGGCGCGGGCUGGACUCUCGGUCAAUGUUUAACUUGGGGCCGGACUCGAGAGCCGCGAGCUACUCGGCCGCGGGGAGCAGAGGGGCUGGACGCGCGUCCCGGCGGCUCGCCUGAUUCCUGCCCUCGCUCGUCCCCGGGAAGCUCCGUUACGCAGAGACUCGAGCCAUGAAGACAGUGUGGAAGGUGCUCUUGGGACUGCUGUCGGUGGCCGCGAUCGUCACUGUCAUCACUGUUCCUGUUGUCCUGCUGAACAAAGGUAGUACCUCCGGGACAGAUAAAGAUACACCUGACAGCCGCAGAACCUACACUCUAGAAGAUUAUUUAAAAAGUACUUUUAGGACGAAGUUUUACUCAUUGCUAUGGAUUUCAGAUAGUGAAUAUCUCCACAAACAAGAAAAUAAUAUCUUGCUAUUCAAUGCUGAAUAUGGAAACUACACCACUUUCCUGAAGAACAGUACAUUUGAACAAUUUGGAUAUACCAUAAAUAAUUAUUUAGUCUCUCCUGAUAGAAAGUUUGUUCUCUUAGAGUAUAACUAUGUAAAGCAAUGGAGACAUUCCUACACAGCUUCGUAUGACAUUUAUGACUUAAGUAAAAGUGAGGUGAUUAAAGACUAUAAAAUUCCAAACAACACACAGUGGAUCUCAUGGGCCCCACAGGGUCACAAAUUGGCAUAUGUUUGGAAGAAUGAUAUUUAUGUUAAAAUUGAGCCACAUUUGGAAAGUCACAGGAUCACCUGGGAUGGGAAAGAAGAUGUCAUAUACAAUGGAAUAACGGACUGGGUUUAUGAAGAGGAAGUCUUCAGUGCCUACUCUGCUCUGUGGUGGUCUCCAAACGGCACUUUUUUAGCAUAUGCCCAAUUUAACGACACAGAAGUCCCACUUAUUGAAUACUCCUUCUACUCUGAUGAGUCACUGCAGUACCCAAAGACUGUGCGGGUUCCAUAUCCAAAGGCAGGAGCUGAGAAUCCAACUGUGAAGUUCUUUGUUGUAAAUACCAAUACUCUGAACCCAAGCAGCAACUCUUCUGUACAAAUUAUUGCUCCUGCUUCUAUUUUGACUGGGGAUCACUACUUAUGUGAAGUGACAUGGGCAACGGAUGAAAGGAUUUCUUUACAGUGGCUCCGGAGGAUUCAAAACUAUUCAGUCAUGGAUAUUUGUGACUAUGAGGGGACUUCCUCCGGGAGAUGGAAUUGCUUAGUGCCAAGGCAACGCAUUGAAAUGAGUGCUACCGGCUGGGUUGGAAGAUUUAGACCCGCAGAACCACAUUUUACCUCUGAUGGAAAUAGUUUCUAUAAGAUCAUCAGCAAUGAAGAUGGCUACAAACAUAUUUGUUAUUUCCAAGUAGAUAAGGCAAACUGCACAUUUGUUACAAGAGGACCCUGGGAAGUCAUAGAGAUAGAAGCUCUUUCAAAUAAUUAUCUAUACUAUAUUAGCAAUGAAAAUGAAGGAAAGCCAGGUGGAAGAAAUCUUUAUAAAGUCCAACAGAAUGACUUUACGAAAGUCACAUGCCUUAGCUGUAAGCUGAAUCCGACAAGGUGUCAGUACUAUUCUGCAUCAUUUAGCAAAGACGCAAAGUACUAUCAAUUGCUCUGCUCUGGUCCUGAACUGCCACUCUAUACUCUGCAUAGGAGUGUGGAUGAUAAAGAACUGAGAGUUCUGGAAGAUAAUUCAGCGUUGGAUAAAGAACUGAAAGAUAUCCAGAUGCCCUCAAAAAGACUGGACUCUAUUAGUUUGAAUGGAACAAAAUUUUGGUACCAGAUGAUUUUGCCUCCUCAUUUUGAUGAAUCCAAGAAAUAUCCUCUACUAAUAGAUGUAUAUGCAGGCCCCUGUAGCCAGAAAGCAGAUGCAGCUUUCAGACUGAACUGGGCUACAUACCUUGCAAGCACAGAAAACAUUAUAGUAGCAAGCUUUGAUGGCAGAGGAAGUGGUUACCAAGGAGAUAAGAUCAUGCAUGCAAUCUACAGAAGACUGGGGACAUUUGAAGUUGAAGAUCAAAUUCAUGCAGCCAGAGAAUUUAUAAAAAUGGGAUUUGUGGAUGACAAACGGAUUGCAAUUUGGGGCUGGUCAUAUGGAGGGUAUGUCACCUCAAUGGUCUUGGGAGCAGGAAGUGGUGUGUUCAAGUGUGGAAUCGCAGUGGCACCUGUGUCCCGGUGGGAAUACUACGACUCAGUGUACACAGAGCGUUAUAUGAGUCUCCCAACACCAGAUGACAACCUUGACCGUUACAGGAAUUCAACAGUCAUGAGCAGAGCUGAAAAUUUUAAACAAGUUGAGUACCUCCUUAUUCAUGGAACAGCAGAUGAUAACGUUCAUUUUCAGCAGUCAGCUCAGAUCUCCAAAGCCCUGGUGGAUGCUGGAGUGGAUUUCCAGGCGAUGUGGUACACGGACCAGGACCAUGGGAUUGCCAGCAGCACGGCCCACCAGCACAUCUACACCCACAUGAGCCACUUCCUCAAACAGUGUUUCUCUUUAUCUUAGCACUUUGGAAAGCUUAUUGCGUUGUAAAGCUUAUUAAAAUUCAUUGUUGUUCUUCUUA